AUGGCGUACGAGUUUCCACAACGCAUACUUGAAGAAGGAUUUGAGAUGCAAAUUGACAAGAUCAACAAUACGUGUAGACGUACAAUUCUGGAGGAAGUGAAGGGUGUUCUCAACACUGAGUAUGAGGAAGUUUUGAAAGAUCCUGUCUUCGGUCCGCUUCUGGCAAUCAUAGAGAACAAGCUCAUCUACUCAGGGAAGAUCAUUCAUAGCUUCAUAUGCAAGCAGCUCAAGGUUUCGAAGCUUCACGAGCUGUGGUUUCUAUUUGCUAAGAGGCCUCUUAGGUUCUCUGCACAAGAAUUUCAUGCUGUGACAGGAUUGAAGUUCAAAGAUGAACCUGACAUAAACUUCAAUGAUUGGAAGGAUGAUAAGGGGUUCUGGAGCAAUGUGCUGAGGAAAAAUAGAAAGGUCAACUUAUCGUUGAUAAAGACGAAGCUUCUUAACGAAUGCAACAAGUGGACGUAUGUGGACAGGGUUAGGCUAGUGUAUCUGUGCGUCAUACAUGGAUUCCUCAUAGCUAAGGAUUCAAGAGUGUUUAUCCCACAUGAAUACAUCCGUUUGGUGAUGGAUUUUGAGAAGAUGAGGAUGUAUCCGUGGGGUCUUUACGCGUAUGACGAGCUGCUUGCAUCAAUACUCAAAGCAAAGAAAGAUUUACAUCUGAAGAACAGUUACGUGUUGGAUGGAUUCUCCUAUGCGUUUCAGAUAUGGGUUAUGGAGGCAAUCCCAGACAUUGGUAGUAUGGUGGGUAAGAAGAUCAAAAAGAACAUGACCAAAGUGAGAUGUAGGAAUUGGAAAGGAAGUGGGAAAUUUUCCUACGCAGAUAUCAGCAGCCUAGAGUCCCACUUUAAUAAGGGAGAACUGUUCCCAUUUAUAUCUGCUACUGGGAACAAUGAUGUGGUUGAUAGCACUGAGUUCUAUAGGGAAGAUGAGAAGAUUGAUGAAAGAAUUGAGCUUUCUGAUUCAGAGACUGAUGGAGAGAAUGUUGAAGUCGAAGAUGUCACAGAUACUCAUGUUGACGAACCGGCUGUUGUUGCAAGAAGGGGAAAGCGUAAGCUAAAUGAUCCUGGUGCAGAGGCUCGAAAGAAAGAACUGCUUUGUCAACGGGCAGCUGAACAUAACAGUGGUAUCUCCAGUGGAAUGAAGACUUUCAUUGAAGGUUUGUUCACCUCUUCUUUCAACUCUUUCAAGGACGUGGUGCAGAAUGACAUCCAAGAGCGUUUUGAGAAGGUCCAGAAAGAGAUGGCUGAACUCAAGCAAGCGGUGUCACAGAUUCCGGGUCCUUCUGCUACAACGGGAAAAGACAGAGCAUCUGAGAUUCCAUGUCCUUCAGCAACGAUGGGGAAAUCAUCACAGAGUCCGUGUCUUGCAGGAACAAAGGAAAAAGGCAAAGGCAAGGUUGAUGAGAGUGUGGUUCCUCCUACGGUUCGUCGUAGCCCUCGGCAAGGAAGAAAGGAGAUUGAAACUGAAACUGAUGAUAUGAUGGAUUUUUUGAAGAAUUUGUCACAAUCAUCUACCCAUGGGGAACCUUCAUCAAUAAAAGAAGAAAUGAGCACCCAAGAGUAUUUACAAGACGCCAUGGGGAACCUUUCUCAAGUAUCACAUGUUAAAGGUUUCGAUCCCUCACAAAAAACGAGUGAUGAAGAAGCACCUAAGUGGGUUACUCCAGUAUCAUCCUUCAAGCCUGUAGAUUGGAGAACACCCACUCUCAAAGAUAUGGAAUUACCUGACGACCGGGUGAACGACGAUGAUUACUCAUUAGUGUUUGUCCAUGAGGAUUCAUGGGCUAAACUGAUUCAUUGGUGCUCAACUACCAAACAGCACCUUAAAAUUGGACCUUCUAUGUACACAACUGAGUUAGCAGAACGUGUUAUGGGACCUGCAGUGUGGCUGCAAAAUCAAGAAAUUGAUGCUGUGCUCUUCUUAUUUCGCGAGAGGACUUCUUUGAGACGAUGGAAGCCGACCAAAGUAGCUUUCAUGAGCUGCAUAUUCAGUAAUCAAAUGAAGAAUUCUUACACUGAGUUCAAGAAAGACAAAAAAAAAUUCAGGGUAGAAGGACUGCUCCAUCAGUACGGAAUUGGUGAACUUCCUUCACACGGCCGAACAAGGCUAAUGUGGGAUCUUGAUGUCAAUCGUAUGUAUGUGCCUCUUCUUGUGCACGGUAACCACCGGAUCUCUAUGUGUGUAAACUUUGUUACUCGUUCCAUAGAAGUUUUUGACUGUGCGGGACUGAAACACAACAAGGACUUGGAGCCAUUUGCACAUCUCAUCCCAAGAAUUGUCAAAGCUGUGCAGUCUUCAGAGAAGAGGGGAUUUACCGUUAAGCCCUAUGAUGUCACUUACGCUCCAAUGCCCUGCUUCCUAAACAAGACUAGCAGCGAUUGUGGAGUAUAUGCGUUGAAGCACAUUGAAGCACAUCUUCUAGGCAUGGACUUAACGUUGGUGAAUGACGACAACAUUUGUGAAGCUCGCCAGAAGAUUGCUUAUGACCUAUGGGAAGCUGCUAAUGAUCCUGAGCUUAUUUCGAGAAUGGGAAAGUACGUUCCUCCGAAGGCUAUAGCUUCUCCUACGGUUGAGAUUUUAUAA